GCUUGCAGCGCCCGGCCCCAGCCCAGGAGCGCGCAGCUGGGGUGCUGGGGAUAUAACGGUGAGCAAGAGGAAACCACGGCCCUUGUUCCCGCUGAUCCUGCAGCCCAGUGGAUGGAGCCCACAGUCCACAGAUCCGCCAGGAAAGAGGAAAACUUUCCUGAAUGUUGGUCCAAGCAGGGACUGCCCGGUGGACGGAGGAAUGUCUGGCUUUUCCUCAGCUCAUUGAUUUCUGUGGUAACCACAGGCAGCCCCCAGAAGACCUCAAGAAUGAGAGGCCUGAGGUCUACAAGUUGCUGCUAGAAAUAUUUUAGCCUCUCCAGAAAAAAAGAAUGCAGUGGACACACAAGUUUGUAAGGGCGCUGGGCGCACGCUGACCGCGCGGGGGCCGGCGCGCCCUUUGCCUCCAGGUCCCAGCCCAGGGCGUUACUACAGCAACGGCCUGGACGCCCGGACCUUAGGCCAUCGUCGCCGCCGCCCGGGACCUGGCCUUCUCCCACUCCGUAAGGGUGGGGCGGCGGCGGCUUUGGAGGCGGCCCGGGCCGGGUAGACGGCACCGCCCCCUCCCCCGAUGCCAGCACAGGCGGCGGAUUUGCUUCCAAGCAUGCCCUUCCAGAAGCACGUGUACUACCCGCUCGCCAAUGGCCUGGAGGGUCCCGACGCCCCCGCAGCUGCCGCAGGGGGCGCGGCCUCCAUGGCCUGUGCCCCUCCCAGCGCGGCUUCGGGCCCCCUGCCCUUCUUCCAGUUCCGGCCGCGGCUGGAGAGCGUGGACUGGCGGCGGUUGAGCGCCAUCGACGUGGACAAGGUGGCUGGGGCCGUGGAUGUGCUCACGCUGCAGGAGAACAUCAUGAACAUCACCUUCUGCAAGCUGGAGGACGAGAAGUGCCCGCACUGCCAGUCGGGGGUAGACCCGGUGCUGCUGAAGCUCAUCCGCCUGGCGCAGCUCACCAUCGAGUACCUGCUGCACUCGCAGGAGUUCCUCACCUCGCAGCUGCACCACCUGGAGGAGCGGCUGCGCCUGAGCCUCGCCGACUGCGAGCAGAGCAAGAAGCUCCUCACCAAGCAGGCGGGGGAGAUCAAGUUACUCAAGGAAGAGUGUAAACGCAGGAAAAAGAUGAUCUCGACCCAGCAGCUGAUGAUCGAGGCCAAAGCCAGCUAUUACCAGUGCCAUUUUUGUGACAAGGCCUUUAUGAACCAAGCUUUUCUACAAAGUCAUAUCCAGCGUCGCCACCCUGAAGAUUCUCACCUGGAGUAUAAGAAAACGGCACAGACUGAUAAGCUCCAGAAUGAGAUUGACAUGUUGAAGGAGCAGCUUCAGCUCACCAAGUCUCAGCUGGAGGCUGCACAGCACGCCCAUGCAGUCAGAUUCUCUAAGGAAUAUGAAAUGCAGAAGACAAAAGAGGAAGAAUUUCUGAAGUUAUUUGAUAGGUGGAAAGAAGAAGAAAAGGAGAAACUAGUUGAUGAAAUGGAAAAAGUCAAGGAGAUGUUUAUGAAGGAGUUUAAAGAAUUAACUUCUAAGAAUUCGGCAUUAGAAUACCAAUUGUCCGAAAUCCAGAAGUCCAAUAUGCAGAUCAAGUCUAACAUAGGCACGUUAAAAGAUGCACAUGAGUUUAAAGAGGAGCGUCCUCAGUAUCCCCAGGAUUUCCAGAAUGUGAUGCAACUUCUUGAUAGUCAGGAAAGCAAGUGGACAGCUCGGGUUCAAGCUCUUCAUCAAGAACACAAGAAAGAGAAGGGUCGGCUCCUGUCACAUAUAGAGAAACUUCGAACCUCAAUGAUAGAUGAUCUAAAUAAGAGUAAUGUUUUCUACAAGAAAAGGAUAGAAGAGCUGGGGCAGAGACUCCAGGAGCAGAAUGAGCUGAUUAUCACUCAGAGACAACAGAUUAAAGAGUUUACCAGUAAACCGUUAAACAGUGUCAGUGAACCCAAAGGGAAUCCUUUAACCUGGCAAACUUUUGAAUCUAAGCCAACAGUCCCAGCUGUACCUAUGAAUGCCCCAGCCCCACAGACUUUGGAUGCUAAAUCAAGUCUAACCAUGGCACAUGAACAGGCAUUCUCAUCGCACAUACUGGAACCAAUAGAAGAACUUUCAGAGGAAGAAAAAGGAAGGGAAAAUGAACAGAAAUUACAUAACAACAACAUCCAUUUAAGGAAAGCUUUGAAGAAUAACCCCUCCCUCACUAGGGAAAUCAGAACAGUCUUGGAGCAGAGUUUGGUGGAGAAGCUGGAAACCUUGGGGAUUAAUGCGGAUGUGCGCGGUAUUCCAAGCGAUCACUUGAAUAGAGCACUAAGAACCGUGGAAUCAGCAAGACUUGAACGAGAAAGACAAAUACCUAACAUUCAGCAAAUUCGAGGAUUCCUUGAACAUCAGAUCAGCUGUAAAAUUGAGGAGAGAACAUUACAGUCUCCAGAUAAGUACGGUGCUUCUCAAGUGGAGACCCUUUCAACUGGAGAAAUACCCAAGGCAAUACAACUUCCUCCCAAAAGCAGACAAUUGGUUAGACAAAGAACUGUAUUUAGUGACAGGACAUCUGUUCCAAAAAUUAAGAAAAAUAUCAUAGAAGAUCAUUUUCCCAGAAAGUCAACUAUUACGACCCCUCCCUUUAGUUCAGAGGAAGAGUUGGAUGAUGACGACCUCAUCCAGGCCUACGUAUCCCCAGACUUACUUCCUCUGCAGUCAUCGAAAAACAACAGGAGCAGCUUUGGAAAGAACACCGUCAAAAGUGACACCGACUGGACCGAGGGAAGUGAAAUUGAGGACUCCGAUAUUUCUCCCAAGCCCACAGGAACCUCCAUUCAAACACUAACUGAAAAAGUUGAAAGGACGGUUUCAAAUCACAGAAACGUGAAUAAGCCAGUUGGUGGGAUUAACGUCGCAGAGGCGUUCAUCAAAAAAGAAUUAAAAGAAGAACUAAAGUGCGCAGAUGUGGAUGACGAUGACUGGGACAUAUCAUCCUUAGAGGAAGAAAAAUCUUCAGGGAAAAAAACUGGGAAAGCACAGAAAGAACCUCCACCUGUGAAGAAUGAAUCGACUUGUACUCAAGUGCCAAGUGCCUGGGGGGCACCUAACCCCAAGGGGCCAAAGGGAGAAGGACUUCAAGAUGAAUCAAGCACAUUGAAAAGCAGCUUAGUAACUGUGACUGACUGGAGUGACUCUUCAGAUGUGUAGCUGUCAUCCCACGUGUCAGAAGAUCCUUCCAGAUGCCCACAGUAUUUCACGAUCACAGUAUUUCCAUAAUCUGCCUACAGGAUUCUAACAUUCCUGCCUUACAAUAUUUCCCACAGUGACAAGGAAGAUGAUUCAAAGAAAAAGGGUCGCUAUAGUGGCACCCAGUACAGUAUUGAAAAACAAAUUGUCAGCAGUAUCUUGAAGUAUAUAAAGGUGUUUAAAACUUAUGCUGCUUAAAAAUAAGUGUCAUUGACGUCAUAAAAAGUUUCUUCUUCAGAAUGAUACUCUAAUGUUUAAGUGUAUUUUUUCAACUAAUUUUUAAGUGACUUUUUUUAAAACUUAUAGCAAGUUUUGGUUUGAAUUAGAACUCUUCUUUUUGUAUCUUUCUUAUGUACGUUGUCACAUUGGAAGUGUUUUAUUAUACAAUUCUAUUAGUAUCCUUAAAGCUGAAUUAGUGAAAUCAGUGAAAUCUUAAGAGUAUAUUGCUUAUUUUUCAUAUAGAAGUAAGUUUAGAAUUACAGAAAUAUAGCUAGGCCCAUGUUAAAUACAUUUUCCAGAAGUACCUUGACCAUGUGCAGCUUUGAGCCAUUGUAAGCAUGUUGUUAUUAAACAAUUAUUUUAGAAUUUUAAAUACUACUUCUGCACAUAAUCUUUACCUUGGAUAUUUUAUGAAUAGAAUGUAGCUAUUUUAAAUGUCGAUUUAUCAGAAUAUGAAAAGAUCAAGUCCUUACUGAAUUCAUAUGUGUAUGUAGUUUUUUUCACUCUUUUUAAACGCUCAACCCAUAUUAUAAAAUACCUCAAAACUAAUUUAGUUCUGUUCUUAACAAUGACGUUGUCAACAGUCAAAAAGUUCAUAUAAACUGUUUUUUGCAUUUUUUUAUACUUUGUGGUACUACCUGUACUAUUUCCCCAAAAAGUAACAUUAACUAAAUGGUUUGUUAGGUUUUAGAUAUCUCUUCAUUUUGUCAGCCUUUCAAGUAAAGCUUCCAUUACAUCA